AAUACCACUGCACCAACAAAUUUGGAAAGUCCAAAAAAAAUGAAAAAGCAAGCAAUUCAUCAAAAUAGCAGUAACAAUAUCAUACAUCCGAGUGGUGCAGCAAUUAAUAUCACAAAUAAUACCACAACAACAAGUACAACAACUACACCAAUUGUUCCACAAUCUAAGCAAGUUUCCUAUACAGUAAUUUUAUGUAUGAAAAUUGAACCGACUUGUAAUCGAGCAUUUUCAAUCAAGAGGCCUCUUUCUUUUAUAUCAAAUUUGAGAAAUGCUCAGGUAGACUGCAUUAAUGACGGACCAAUGAGCAAUGAAGGAAACAUUUUAUACUGUUUUGAACUAAAUUCAAAAGUAAGCACUGCCUUGGAACGCGAAAGUACUGCACCUUGCGAUUCACCUGAGAUAUCUGACCCCGAUGCAGAAGAACAAACACCAUUUAGAGCUGUACAUCGCAUUCCUUUUAUUGACAUUGACAGUUUGACCUCAUUGGUUGGACAUGAUGAUGUCUAUGAAAUACCACCUCGAAUUGAGGUGCUUGAAGAACCAAAGCAUACUUUAGCUAUGUCAGAAGAAGUACGUCGGCCACUGCUAGCUACUGCGCGAGUAACUCGUCGCAAGCAUUCGUUACAAGGAAUACGAAAUUUGAUCAGCGUUGUGCGAACAAGAAGCAUUCGAAGGUUAAAAAACCAUCCGAGCAAAAGUGAUUACAAGUCAAGAUCAGAAAAUCGUGCACGGAAGGCAUUUUUUUUAACUUUGAAAAAAUUCAUUGCAUUACGUACGAUUACUUUCAUCCUGGGUACUUUCACGAUACUUUGGACUCCAUUUUACGUAAUGGCAACAGUGAUGGGAUUUUGUGAAUCGUGCAGGAAUUCAAAAGUAUUCAAUUUAUUUUACUCAAUAAGUUACUUUCUCUGUUAUAUGAACAGUCCGAUUAAUCCAUUUUGUUAUGCUAUGGCUAAUCAACAGUUCAAGAAGGUACUUUUACGAAUUUUGAAAGGCGACUUCAAGAGGUCAUAG